AAGGGACUUGCAAUCAUUGCAUCAGUCUACUGUCUGGUGAUAUUUUAUUUUCUUACUAGUAAAACGAGGUAGUAGAAUGAAGAGAGGAUAAUAAUACUAUAUUUCAUCAGCAGUGGAAGAAAAACAGGCAACGAGAAUAUUGUCGGUCCAAGGUGGUUGCGAUCAUAGAAGCCACGUACCCGACAUCUCCAACUCCCCCAACGCCUUUCUGGGCCGCGUUGUCACUCCUGCUCGUCAUCACAAGCUUUAAACUUUCCCUUGUCCACUCUCCUCUCCAACAACACCAACUUGACAAACCCAAGCACGCAGCUGUCCUUACUAAUAUCCGGUUGCACGAGGACAACCAAGGUCACCACCAGCAAACAACGAACGAGGAUUGACAUAACAUAUUUUAUUUACAAUGAUCCGCUCAACACAGAUCGCACGGCUGGAUGGCCUCAUGCUCUGCGCCUCGGUCGACGACGAAGCCACCGAAUCCUCCCUCGGCGAAGUCAAGUCCCAAGUCAAACUAAUCCUGCGCCGCCUAACGCGCACCUCGGAACCACAAGCCAGCAUCGAGAGCGGCUCUCUCUACACCUUGCACUACCUGAUCCAGUCCGACAUCGUGUACUUCGCCAUCACGGACCGAUCGUACCCGCGCAAGCUAGCCUUCACGUACCUAUCCGACAUCGCGGGCGAGUUCGCGACGACGCACACGCCCCAGCAGCUCAUGAACCCGACGCUGCGGCCUUACGCCUUCAUGGACUUUGACAGCUUCAUCAGCCGCACCAAGGCGACGUACAGCGACACGCGCGCGACGCAGAACCUGGAUAAGCUGCAUGAUGAGCUAAGGGACGUAACUAAGGUCAUGACGAAGAACAUUGAGGAUCUGCUGUACCGCGGCGACAGCCUGGAGCGCAUGGGCGAGCUGAGCAGUCGGUUGAGGGACGAUAGUAAGAAGUACAAGAGGGCGGCUGUUAAGAUUAACUGGGAUCUGCUUCUGAAGCAGUACGGGCCGUUUGCGGCGGUUGGCUCUAUUAUUGUUUUCUUCUUGUGGUGGAGGUUCUUCUUUUGAGCUGAUCACAUGGGGGCAUCAUCGUUAGCGGGUUAUACACGACACCGUCAGGCUCUGUAUAAUGCUGUGACGGAUAGGCUACGUGGAUUCUGUAAUUAUUUUAAUAUGUGUGUGUACGGCAUUGGUUUUUUUGGCGGCUUGACCUAGCAUGGAGUUUGGGUAAAAGGGGGGACGAACGCAAAAAGGACGUUUGGCCGGGUGAAUUAUCAGCUAUCAAGACA